AUGACCGCCGCUUCCAACCGGGACGCAGCCACGGGACUCGCCAGGAGAGCGGAAUGCGCAUGCAGCAGAGGGGACAGGAUACGGAUUUUCGCUCUAAUGAAGGCGGGAGUGCAGGCGCACCACUGGAGUCGGGUCCUCUUCUUAUAUAUGGGGCUACUGGCCGCCUCAGUAAAGGCUCAGAACUGCAGUUACACACUACACAGUCCCAAUGGGAUGAUAGAGAGCCCUGGUUACCCUUAUGGUUAUCCAAACUAUGCUAACUGCACAUGGGUGAUUGUGGCGUCAGAGCACAACCGGAUACAGCUGGUGUUCCAAGGCUUCGCCCUCGAAGAGGAUUUUGACAUCCUGUCUGUAUAUGAUGGACCGCCCAGCCCUGGAAACCUACGGACCAGGUUAACAGGGUUCCAGCUGCCUUCACCCAUUGUGAGUACAGGCUCCAGACUUACACUGUGGCUUCUGUCUGACUACGCUGUCAGUGGGCAGGGAUUCAAAGCUGUCUAUGAAGCUCUACCCAGCUACACUUGUGGUAACCCUGGACAGCUACUCAAUGGCCACCAGCAGGGGUCCACUUUCAACAUAGGUGACAAAAUCCGCUACAGCUGCAGCCCAGGCUAUGUGCUCGAGGGUCACACCACCCUGUCCUGUCUUGCAACUUCAGCUGGCACUGCUGCCUGGGAUUUCCCGCUGCCCUACUGCAGAGCUGAUGAUGGUUGCGGUGGGACACUGCGGGGUCAGAGUGGGGUCAUCACCACCCCAAAUUACCCUGCUGAGUACAACAAUAAUGCUGACUGCACGUGGACGGUGCUGGCUGAGCCAGGAGACACCAUUGCGCUGGUUUUCUCUGAUUUCCAACUGGAGGAUGACUACGACCUGCUGGAAGUCAGCGGCACUGAGGGCUCUUCACAGUGGUUUACAGGACCCAACCUCCCUUCACCCAUCAUUAGCAGCAAGAACUGGCUUCGGCUGCACUUUACUUCUGAUGGCAACCACAAGUUGAGAGGAUUCAGUGCCCAAUAUCAAGUAAAGAAGAUGACUGAGCUGAAGUCCCGAGGUGUGAAGAUGUUGCCUAGCAAGGACAACCAUCACAAGAUAUCAGUGUUGUCUCAAAUGGGUGUAGCACAGGGACUCAAUAUGUGUCCAGACCCAGGAAUCCCAGAUCGAGGGAAACGAAAAGGCUCUGAUUUCAGGCGAGGAGCCACAGUGCAUUUCUCCUGUGACGAAGGUUAUGAACUUCAAGGCUCAAAGAGCAUCAGCUGUCUAAAAGUGACAGACAGUUAUGUGGGCUGGAAUGAUGAUCGCCCCAUCUGCAGAGCACCAAUGUGUGGAGGUCAUUUAAAAGGCCCAACUGGUAUCAUUAUAUCCCCAAAUUAUCCAGUCCAGUAUGACAACAAUGCUAACUGUACGUGGAUCAUCACAGCUACAGACACUUCCAAGGUGAUCAAGCUGACAUUUGAGGAUUUUGACCUAGAGCGUGGCUAUGACACCUUGACAGUGGGAGAUGGCGAGGUGGUGGGGGACCAGAAGACGAUCUUUCACGUCCUGUCGGGAACAACAACUCCAGACCUUGUGGUUAGCACCAGUCACCAGAUGUGGCUCAAUUUCAAAACGGACGACACCAGCGGCUCACUGGGUUUCAAGGUGUCGUAUGAAGAAAUUGACCAAGGCAGCUGUGGCGAUCCAGGUAUUCCAGCCUAUGGCAAACGGGAGGGGACCAGUUUUCGUCAUGGGGACAGACUGCAUUUUGAGUGCUUGCCUGCCUUUGAACUGGUUGGUAAAAAGAACAUCACCUGUCAAAAGAACAAUCAGUGGUCCGCUAAGAAGCCAAGUUGUGUGUUCUCCUGUUUCUUCAACUUCACUACUCCAUCAGGAGUACUGCUGUCCCCAAAUUACCCACAAGAGUAUGGCAACAACAUGCACUGUGUGUGGCUGAUCAUCACUAAUCCUGAGAGCAGAAUCAAUCUGGCCUUCAACGAUCUCAGCAUGGAGAAACAGUUUGAUUUCCUCUCAAUCAAGGAUGGGGGAAAGGCAGAGUCUCCCAUCUUGGGUACCUUCUCUGGUGAUGUCCUGCCUCCACCUAUUACAACGAGUGCCCAUGUAGCACGGCUGGAGUUCCUGACUGAUCACACCUCCACAGACAGAGGCUUCAACAUCACAUUUACAACAUUUCGCCACAAUGAGUGUCCAGACCCAGGUGUACCAGUAAAUGGGAAACGUUUUGGUGAGAGCCUCCAGCUCGGUAGCUCCAUCUCAUUCCUGUGUGAAGAGGGCUUCGUAAAGACUCAUGGAUCUCAGACCAUCUCCUGCAUCCUCAAAGAUGGCAAUGUGGUUUGGGACAAUGCUGUUCCUCGCUGUGAAGCCCCAUGUGGAGGCGAUCUGAAAGCUCCCACUGGGAUCAUCCUCUCUCCUGGCUGGCCAGAACUCUAUAAGGAGGCUCUUAACUGUGAAUGGAUUAUUGAGGCUCCCCCAGGCUACCCCAUCAAGAUCAUCUUCGACAAGUUCCGCACAGAGGUCAACUAUGACGUCCUCGAGGUGCGUGACGGACGAUUUCCCUCAUCCCCUCUGAUUGGCAGUUACCAGGGCACCCAGGUCCCCCAGUUCCUCAUCAGUACCUCCAACUUCCUUUAUCUCCUCUUCUCAACUGACAAGAGCCACUCUGACAUUGGCUUCCGCAUACGCUAUGAAACGCUGCAGUUACAGUCGGACCACUGUGUUGAUCCUGGUAUACCUGUCAAUGGACUGCGUCAUGGCAAUGACUUCUACGUGGGUGCUCUGGUGACAUUUAGCUGUGAUGCAGGUUACACACUUAGCGACGAUGAGCCUUUAGAAUGUGAACCCAAUUUUCAGUGGAGUCGCCCCCUGCCAAGUUGCGAUGCUCUAUGUGGAGGUUACAUCCAAGGCAGCUUUGGCACCAUCCUGUCACCUGGAUUCCCUGACUUCUACCCGCACAAUUUGAACUGCACAUGGACAAUCGAGACCUCUCAUGGCAAAGGUGUCCAGUUCACCUUCCACACUUUCCACCUGGAGAGUCCUCAUGACCAUUUAUUGGUGACAGAGAACGGCAGCUUCUCUCAGCCACUGUGGAGGCUGACUGGGUCCACACUACCUCCGACACUCAGUGCAGGCUUGUUUGGAAAUUACGCAGCACAGAUUCGCUUUCUGUCUGACUUUUCUGUCUCCUACGAAGGAUUCAACAUCACUUUCUCUGAGUAUGAUUUGGAGCCAUGCGAAGAUCCUGGAAUCCCACCGUACAGUACUAGGAAAGGCCUGCAGUAUGGAGUCGGCGACUCCCUCAUCUUCUCCUGUUUCCCAGGUUACCGGCUUGAGGGUCCACAGAGGGUGGUGUGCUUAGGAGGCAGGAGGAGGGUAUGGAGCUCCCCUCUGCCAAGGUGUGUUGCCGAAUGCGGCUCCUCCGUGACUGGCAUGCAAGGCAUUCUGCUGUCACCCAACUACCCGGGUUACUACGGCAACAAUCACGAGUGCAUCUACUCCAUCCAGACUCAACCCGGCAAAGGCAUCCAGCUCCGGGCACGAGAUUUCAGGCUGGAGGAGGAUGAUAUGCUCAAAGUGUUUGACGGCAGCAGCAAUAAAGCUCGCUUGCUUGGGGUGUUUACGGGCAGCGAGUUGCUCGACACCACUCUGAAUUCCACGUCUAGCUCCAUGUGGCUAGAAUUCAUCAGCAAUGCAGAAAACACAAGUAAAGGCUUUGAGCUGCACUUCACCAGUUUUGAACUGGUGAAAUGUGAGGAUCCAGGUGUUCCCCAGUUUGGUUAUAAGCGUGAGGACAAGGGUCACUUUGCAGGGAGUACCGUGUCAUAUAGCUGUGAUCCAGGCUACACCUUGAAGGGACCCGAGGUGCUCACCUGCCUGAGGGGAGAAAGAAGGGCCUGGGACAGCCCCCUCCCUCUCUGUGUUGCGGAAUGCGGUGGAACCAUCAAGGAGGAGUCUUCUGGUCGUAUCUUGUCUCCAGGCUACCCAGCUCCCUAUGAGCAUAACCUACACUGCAUAUGGACCAUUGAGGCUGCUCCUGGAAGCACUAUUAGCCUUCAUUUCUUGGUCUUCCACACGGAGGAGGUUCACGAUGUGCUUCGGAUCUGGGAUGGGCCCCAGGAUGGAGGACUCCUGCUGAGGGAGCUAAGUGGCUCAGUGCUCCCACCAGAUGCCCACAGUACCUUCAACACCAUCAGCCUGCAGUUCACUACAGAUUUCUUCACCAGCAAGCAGGGCUUUGCUCUCCAGUUCUCAGUCUCCACUGCAACAUCCUGCAAUGACCCCGGAAUGCCAACAAAUGGCACCCGCAGUGGCGACAGCAGGGAGCCAGGCGAUCCGGUGGUGUUUCAAUGUGAUCCCGGUUAUGUCCUGCAGGGGGCGAACAAGAUUACUUGCACUGAAAUCAAUGGUCGCUUCUUCUGGCAGCCAGACCCUCCUACGUGUACAGCUCCGUGUGGAGGGAACCUGACCGGGCCCAGUGGGCUAAUUUUAUCUCCAGAUUAUCCUGAGCCAUACCCCCACGGAAGGGAGUGUGACUGGACCGUCACCGUCACACCAGACUAUGUCAUCGCUCUUAGCUUCAACCAGUUCAGCUUGGAGCCCAGUUAUGACUUCUUACAUAUCUAUGAUGGACCAGACUCACUCAGCCCAUUACUUGGAAGCUUUUAUGGCACAGACGCUCCAGAUCACAUUGAGAGCAGCUCCAACACGCUCUUCCUGGCUUUCCGCAGUGAUGCCUCCCUCAGCAGUAAUGGAUUUGUUCUGCAGUACACAGAGAACCCCAGAGAGUCUUGCUUCGAGCCAGGCCUGGUGCGCAAUGGGACACGGGAGGGCAUGGACCUCAAGCUGGGUUCCACUGUCACCUACCACUGCGACAGUGGCUACAUGCUUGAAGGAGACCCAACUCUCACUUGCAUCAUGGGAGGAGAUGGCAAGCCCAGCUGGAACAAACCUAAACCCAUCUGCAUUGCACCAUGUGGUGGACAGUACUCUGGUUUGGAGGGAGUGGUUUUGUCUCCUGGUUACCCUGGCAACUACAGCCGAGCACGGACCUGUCUGUACUCAGUAGUGGUGCCCAAGGAUUAUGUGGUUUUCAGCCAAUUCGCCUUCUUCCAGACAGCUCUAAAUGACAUCGUGGAGGUUUACGACGGGGCAACGCAGCACUCUCGCGUUCUCAGCUCUCUUUCGGGAGCGCACACAGGUGAAUCAUUGCCACUAGCAACCUCCAACCAAAUUCUGAUCCGCUUCACAUCCAAAGGUCAGUCCAGCUCGAGAGGAUUCCACCUUGUUUACCAGGCUGUGCCACGGACCAGUGCCACACAGUGCAGCUCCGUUCCUGAACCCCGCAAUGGUCGUCGUAUGGGGAACAACUUUGCUGUUGGUGCAGUGAUCCGGUUUGACUGCAGUCCAGGUUAUGUACUAGAGGGAUCUGGUGUCAUUGAAUGUUUGACAGUUCCCAAUGCCCUGGCACAAUGGAACACCUCCAUACCCAGCUGUAUAGUUCCUUGUGGAGGUAAUCUCACUCAGCGAACUGGGACAAUCUUAUCUCCUGGGUUUCCUGAGCCCUACCUCAAUAGCCUCAACUGUGUCUGGAAGAUGACUGUUCCCGAAGGAUCAGGAAUACAGAUCCAGGUAAUAAGCUUUGUCACAGAACAGAACUGGGACUCCCUUGAAGUGUUUGAUGGAGGAGACAAUACGGACACUAUGCUUGGCAGCUUCUCAGGCACCACCGUCCCUGCUCUCCUCAACAGCACUUCCAACCAACUCUACCUCCACUUUUUCUCUGAUAUUAGUGUGUCUGCUGCUGGUUUCAGGCUGGAGUACAAAACCGUGUCUUUGACCAGCUGUCCAGAGCCUGUGGUACCGAUGAAUGGCAUUAAAGUUGGGGAGCGUCUUCAGAUGAAUAAUGUGGUGUCGUUCCAGUGUGAACCUGGGUAUACUCUGCAGGGGAACUCUCAUAUCACCUGUAUGCCCGGAACAGUAAGACGAUGGAACUACCCGCCUUCCCUCUGUAUAGCUCAAUGUGGAGGAAUCCGGGAAGAACUGGAAGGCAUGAUUCUUAGUCCUGGAUUCCCUGGCAACUAUCCCAGCAAUAGUGACUGCACCUGGAGAAUCUACCUGCCCAUUGGUUAUGGGGCCCAUAUUCAGUUCCUCAACUUCUCUACUGAAGCCAACCAUGACUUUCUGGAGAUACGAAAUGGGCCACUAGAGACCAGUGCAGUGAUUGGACGAUUCAGCGGCCAUGACAUACCUUCGUCCCUACUCACCAGCUCCCAUGAGACAACCAUAUAUUUCCAUAGUGACCAUUCACAAAACAAACCAGGUUUCAGGUUUGAGUACCAAGCGUAUGAGUUGCAUGAAUGUCCUGAUCCAGAGCCUUUUCGUCAUGGAGUGGUUGUGGGUGCUGGCUAUAAUGUGGGCCAGUCCAUUUCCUUUGAGUGUCACCCUGGGUACCAGCUAAUGGGACAUUCUAUCCUCACUUGUGAGCAUGGCACCACUCGAAAUUGGGACUACCCGUUUCCACGCUGUGAAGUUCCUUGUGGAGGGAACAUCACGUCAGACAAUGGCACCAUAUUCUCCCCGGGUUAUCCAGGAGUGUACCCCAGUUCAGCUGACUGCUCUUGGCUGAUCACCGUGGCUCACGGCUUUGGGAUUAAACUCAACUUCACUUUGUUUCAGAUUCACGGACCACAUGAUUUCAUAACUGUCUGGGAUGGUCCACAGGAGACGGUGAGAAAACUAGGCGUGUUCACUGAUGGGGAGCCUAAUGAGCCACCGAGCAGUACAUCCAAUCAAGUGCUGAUACGUUUCCGCAGUAACACAGAGAAGGGUGGAUUGUUUCGUAUACGUUAUCAAGCUUACAGAUUGCAGUUUUGCCUGCCUCCCCCAAUCAUUCCAAAUGCAGAGAUCCUAAUGGCAAGCAAAGAGUUUAAAAUAGGUGAUAUAGUGCGCUACCAAUGCCUACCUGGCUACCAUUUAAGUGGAAAUAGCAUCCUGACCUGUCGGUUGGGGACACACCUGGAGUUUGAGGGUCCUCCUCCCUCAUGUGAUGUGACUUGCCCAAUGAAUGAAGAACUCACGGCCUCCACAGGUGUCAUAAUGAGUCAGUCACCAGGCAGCGGGUUCCCACAUUUUGAGUCCUGCUCGUGGGUGGUUAAAGUAGAACCCGGCUACAACAUCACUUUCACUAUUGAACACUUUCAGACGAGCAGACAGUUUGAUGAGCUGGAGAUAUUUGACGGCCCAUCCAGACAGAGCCCACUCCUGAUCACACUAAGUGGAAACUAUUCCAGCCCACUGAGCAUCACCAGCUCCAGCAACAGAGUCUACCUGCACUGGUCCUUUGAUCACACGACCAGCCACAAAGGCUUCCGCAUACGCUACUCAGCGGCUUAUUGCAGCCCUCCAAAGAACCCUGUAAAUGGCACUGUGCACAGUCUAACAGGCACUAAACUGGGCAGCACCUUACGUUUCAACUGUGACCAAGGUUACCGUCUGUUUGGUCAGAGCAGUGCAACCUGCACCCGGACAGCACAGGGACUCUACCAGUGGAACGCACCAGUACCACUGUGCCAAGUCAUGGCAUGUGGAAUGCCAGUACCUCCAGUCAAUGGCAGCAUUGUCGGACAGGACUUUUCUUUAGGAGCCAAAGUUACAUACCAGUGUAACUCCGGUUUUCGGCUUGCCAGACCUGUCACUACCUCAGUCAUCUGUCAGGAAUCAGGGAGGUGGAGCCCCAUUGAGGCCCCACCCAGAUGCAUUCCGGUGACCUGCCCUGAUAUUGGACACUCUGCUGUGGAUCAUGGAAGAUGGAGGCUUAUCUACGGAACUCAGAAUCAAUAUGAUGCUCUUAUGAUGCUCAUAUGUGACCCUGGGUAUUACUACAGGGGCCGUAGGGUCAUUCACUGCCAGGCCAAUGGUACUUGGAACUACCCAGAUCCUCAGCCAGUCUGUCAGAUUAUCUCUUGUGGGGACCUUGGAACUCCACCUAAUGGUAACAAAAUUGGAACACUGACGGUUUACGGAGCCACGGCCAUCUUCUCCUGCAACACAGGAUAUACAUUAGUGGGCUCACGUGUACGUGAGUGUAUGUCCAAUGGACUGUGGAGUGGCACACAGGUCCAAUGUCUAGCUGGCCAUUGUGGCAGCCCUGAGCCUAUAGUGAAUGGUCAGAUCAUUGGGGAGAACUACAACUAUCGAGGUAGUGUGGUGUAUCAGUGCAACCCCGGAUUUCGUCUUAUUGGGGUGUCUGUGCGAAUCUGUGAUCAAGAUCAUCACUGGUCAGGACAUACUCCUGUCUGUGUUCCUGUCACAUGUGGCCACCCUGGCAACCCUACUUUCGGCAUGACCCAGGGAACUCAGUUCAACUUAAAUGAUGUUGUACGCUUUGUUUGCAAUGCUGGGUAUGUUCUGCAGGGGGCAGUGAAAGCUACCUGUCAGUCAAAUGGGCAGUGGAGCACCGCCCUCCCCAGGUGUAAAAUUGUGAACUGUACAGAUCCAGGUCAUGUAGAGAACAGCAUUAGGCAAGUACUACCCAGUGGACCCCAUCGCUACAGCUUCCAGACAACCAUGUCAUACAGGUGUAACCCGGGCUACUACUUGCUGGGCACCAGCUCCAUUUCAUGCCAGGGAGAUGGUACCUGGGACCGCUCACUGCCCAAGUGCCUGUUGGUGCUUUGUGACCACCCCAGCUUGCCACCCUACGCCCAGAUCUCAGGUGAUCGUCGGACAGUUGGAUCAGUCAUUCGCUACAGCUGCAUUGGCCAGCGCGUCAUUAUUGGCAACACUACGCGCAUGUGCCAGCUGGAUGGCCAGUGGAGUGGCUCACUGCCACACUGUUCCGGUGACGCUGUAGGGCUUUGUGGAGAUCCAGGUAUCCCAGUUCAUGGUAUUCGUCUGGGGGAAGAGUUUACAGUGAACAGCAUUGUCCGUUUCAGUUGUGAGCCUGGCUACAUGCUGAGAGGUUCACCAGAGAGAACUUGCCUGAGCAAUGGGACAUGGCUGGGUGCCCAACCUGAGUGUCAUGUGAUUUCCUGUGGAAAUCCGGGAACACCACGGAAUGCCCAGAUCCUGAUACACGAUGGCCUCACAUUUUCCAGAUCCAUUACUUAUUCUUGCCGGGAGGGUUACUACUCCACUGGUUUGCUGACCCGCCACUGUACGGUGAAUGGGACCUGGACUGGCAACAUGCCUGAGUGCUCAGUAAUCAACUGCGGGGACCCUGGAGUCCCAGCCAAUGGUGUGAGGUUGGGGAGUGAUUUCAUCUACAACCACACAGUCAGUUUCCAGUGUUCGCCUGGUUUCACCAUGGAUGCUGACCGGGCUUCUACUCUCAUCUGCACCAAGGACCGCACCUGGAAUGGAACCAAGCCACACUGUAAAGCGAUUGUUUGUGGCCCGCCGCCCAGCAUCCCUAACGGACAAGUCGUUGGUUCAGACUUCACUUGGGGUUCCAGCAUCAGCUACUCAUGCAACCAAGGGUACCAGCUCUCACUGCCCACUGUGCUAACAUGUCAAGGCAGUGGCAACUGGAGUGGCGAGAAACCACAAUGCUUCCCUGUAUUCUGUGGAGACCCAGGUAUACCAGCCCAGGGCAGAAGAGAAGAUCGAGGUUUCACCUACCUCUCCUCCGUCUCCUUUUCUUGCUCUCCUCCCCUCGUCCUGGUGGGCUCUACCAGGAGAUAUUGCCAAUACGAUGGUAUCUGGAGUGGCACACAGCCCUCGUGCAUAGAUCCCACCCAUACCACCUGUGGAGACCCUGGCACUCCACUGUUCGGAAAUCAGAACAACAGUCAAGGCUAUCAGAUCAGCAGCACAGUGCUCUUCAGCUGCAGAAAGGGCUACUUACUUCAGGGCUCCAUUACUCGCACUUGUCUGCCAAAUCUCACUUGGAGUGGUUUUCAACCUGAGUGCAUUGCUCAUCACUGCAGCCAACCUGAGCUGCCAGCUCAGGCUGAUGUGAGAGCCAUUGAACUGCCAUCUCUUGGCUACACCCUGAUCUAUACAUGUCAAACUGGUUUUUACUUGGCUGGUGGAUCUGAACACAGGACCUGCAGGGCUGAUGGGAGCUGGACAGGGAAACCACCUCUGUGUGCAGCUGAUAAUCGUCCAAGUGGUAAGAGCCCAGUUGGGACAGUGCAGGAGCCACCCUCCAAACUACCAGUCCCUGGAGGCGUUUUUGCCAAGAACUCUCUCUGGAGGGGAUCCUAUGAGUAUCUGGGGAAAAAGCAGCCAGCUAUGCUCAGAAUCACUGCCUUUGAACCCUUUAGCAAUCGGGUUAAUGGUACACUCAUCGAUCACAGUGGGGUGGAACUCAAACUUGCUGGGAUGUAUAAGCGGGAAGAAGCCCAGCUACUGCUUCAGGUCCACCAGAUCAGAGGCCCUGUGGAGAUCUUUGUCAACAAGUUCAAAAUUGAUAACUGGGCCCUAGAUGGACACGUGUCCUAUAUCUCUUCUUCCAACUCCUUUGUGUACCAGGGAUUUGUCAGAGGAAAAGGAUUUGGUCAGUUUGGUCUCCAGAGACUGGACGGACUGGAUCCGAGCAGAGACAUCCCAGGAUACAACUUUUCCCCCAAUAGCAGUUCAGUGGCAGCAGCCAUCCUAGUGCCUUUUAUAGCUAUGAUCAUUGCAGGCUUUGCUCUGUACCUCUACAAACACCGGAGAAGACCCAAAGUCCCCUUCAAUGGUUAUGUGGGUCAUGAGAACACCAAUGGCAGAGCGACAUUUGAAAAUCCGAUGUACGACCGAAACAUUCAGCCCACUGACAUCAUGGCCAACGAAACAGAGUUCACAGUCAGUACAGUGUGCACAGCUGUAUAGCAACUGUUUACUCCAGAGUUAGGGGAGGAGACGUGCACCACAUCUUUGUCCGCCUGCCAGCAGAGGACUUCCAUAGCUCCUUGAGCAGAAGGACAGACAAAGACUAUUUUAUUUGCCGAAACGUCUCCAAGCAAUGGUUCCUAUCUGCAGGAAAGAAGACAGUAUCAACAACAACAACACAAAAACAAACACAGAAACAAAAAGAAAGAAGCAGAAGAAACCAUGUGGAGACAACGUGACUGUAACAAAUGCCAAAAAAGAGAGAAA